CCCGGCAUGGCGCUGCGGCGGGGCGGCGGCGGCGGCGGCGGCGGCGGGGCGCCGGGGCUGCUGCUGCUGCUGAGCGCCGCGUGCCUGAUCCCGCCGGGCGCGCAGGUGAGGCGGCUGGCGCGCUGCCCCGCCACUUGCAGCUGUACCAAGGAGUCCAUCAUCUGCGUGGGCUCUUCCUGGGUGCCCAGGAUCGUGCCGGGCGACAUCAGCUCCCUGAGCCUGGUAAAUGGAACGUUUUCCGAAAUCAAGGACCGAAUGUUUUCCCACCUGCCUUCCCUGCAGCUGCUAUUGCUGAAUUCUAACUCAUUUACAGCCAUCCGGGAUGAUGCUUUUGCUGGACUGUUUCAUCUCGAAUACCUGUUCAUUGAAGGGAACAAGAUAGAAACCAUUUCAAGAAAUGCCUUUCGUGGCCUUCGUGACCUGACUCACCUUUCUCUGGCCAAUAACCACAUAAAAGCACUCCCAAGGGAUGUCUUCAGUGAUUUAGACUCUCUGAUUGAACUAGACUUAAGGGGCAAUAAAUUUGAAUGUGACUGCAAAGCCAAGUGGUUGUAUCUGUGGUUGAAGAUGACGAAUUCCACGGUGUCUGACGUCCUGUGCAUCGGUCCCCCCGAAUAUCAGGAAAAAACGCUAAAUGAUGUGCCGAGCUUCGACUACGAAUGCACAACCACAGAUUUUGUCGUUCAUCAGACUUUGCCUUACCAGUCGGUUUCAGUGGAUACAUUCAACUCCAAGAACGACGUGUACGUGGCCAUCGCUCAGCCCAGCAUGGAGAACUGCAUGGUGCUGGAGUGGGACCAUAUCGAAAUGAACUUCCGGAGCUAUGACAAUAUCACAGGUCAGUCCAUUGUGGGCUGCAAGGCCAUCCUCAUUGACGACCAGGUUUUCGUGGUGGUGGCCCAGCUCUUCGGCGGCUCCCACAUUUACAAAUACGACGAGAGCUGGACCAAGUUUGUCAAAUUCCAAGACAUCGAAGUCUCCCGCAUUUCCAAGCCCAACGACAUCGAGUUGUUUCAGAUCGAGGACGAGACGUUCUUCGUCAUCGCAGACAGCUCGAAAGCUGGGCUGUCCACAGUGUAUAAAUGGAACAGCAAAGGAUUCUACUCCUACCAGUCCCUGCACGAGUGGUUCAGGGACACGGAUGCGGAGUUUGUGGACAUAGACGGGAAAUCGCAUCUGAUUCUGUCCAGCCGCUCCCAGGUCCCCAUCAUCCUCCAGUGGAAUAAAAGCUCUAAGAAGUUUGUCCCCCACAGUGAUAUCCCCAACAUGGAGGACGUACUGGCCGUGAAAAGCUUUAGAAUGCAGAAUGCCCUCUACCUUUCUCUCACCCGCUUCAUCGGGGACUCCAGGGUCAUGAAGUGGAAUAGUAAGCGGUUUGUGGAGAUCCAGGCUCUUCCGUCCCGCGGGGCCAUGACCCUGCAGCCCUUUUCUUUUAAAGAUAACCACUACCUGGCCCUGGGGAGUGACUAUACGUUCUCCCAGAUAUACCAGUGGGAUAAGGAAAAGCAGCUAUUCACAAAAUUUAAGGAGAUUUACGUGCAAGCGCCUCGUUCCUUCACGGCUGUCUCCACCGACAGGAGAGAUUUCUUUUUUGCAUCCAGUUUCAAAGGGAAAACAAAGAUUUUUGAACAUAUAGUCGUUGACUUAAGUUUGUGAAGGCGUGAUUGGUGAAUUUAAAAGACAUGUAACCCUGGCUCUCACAGGAGAGCGGCCAAGAAGCAAAUACAAAAAGAAGCCAAGUUCAGAGCUCUGAAAUUAAAACCGCACCGGGGGAGUAGUUAGAAGUUUUCAAAGUUUUAGAACUCACAUUUUAAUCAGGGAUUGCAUUUAUUGGCUACUUGCAUGACGUGUCCGUUCUCCCAUUUAAAAAGACAUCUUAAAGCCUGUUGUCACUGAGAAAAGACUACAGCAUUAGCUCUUAACCAUCUAGGACAGUAAUGUGCUUUUUUUUUUUUUUUUUAAUGAGGAAGGAGAAAGUUGGAUAAGAUGGGAUAGCUCUUAUAAUGAAAUAAACAAACAAACAAACAAAGACCAAACUAUGGGCCCUUCUCAUUCCAUUUUAGCAAUCCUUUUGGGAAGAACUCUUAAAGCCAAAGUCAGCUGAAGAGAUUUGCUGAUGAUUCGUUUAAAAAUCUGGUAACACUCAGCAAUGCUAUUUUGAGCCAUUUCAGUUUCCUGAAUCCCCCUUAAUAGCAGAACGUUGGCUAUUUCAUUGGCUCACGUAGACGCACAUCAUGGGUGUGUUAACAAAAUAAUGUUGGACGUUGCUUCCUUUACCACAAAGAGAAUACUCUGCUGAUGCAUAUCUAGGCCCAGCGCGGGCUGUAGGCCCAUGAGUGAGACAAAGGCAUUUCCCCUCUUCCUUGUGGUUCAAAGCCAGCCCCCGGGGCGGCCAGAGCAAUACCGCUUGUUAGAUGCUCUCCGUGACCCAGCUGCUUCCCUGAACCCAUUCUUUUGAGUUUGUGGGUAACCAGCAGACAGGCCAAAGACUGAAUGGUGCUUUUCAUCCCAUCCUUCAAAGCAAUAGAACAGGUAUUUCCGCCUGAUGAGCAUUUGGUAGAAUUUCUGAAGCAAGAUUUUAUGGAAUCAAAAGAGGACUUUUCACAAGUCUCGGUGGACUUUGAAAACCUAGAGGUGGCCCUUUGAUCUGUGCAUGGCUUUGCCCUCUGGGCAACUUACUCUUAGAAAUCAUUGAGUACCAACCUACCAGCUGCCCACCUGCCUACCUCCCUACUCAUACGAUGUCCCGCUUUGUUGAUUUGCUAAUGUUGCUGCUGCAAGUACAGCCCUCCCAGAGAGGCUGAGGCACCAGAUGGCAGCACCCAGGGUGCUCAUGACGCUAAUGCCCCUUCCUGUCCCGGGAGCGUAGCACAGGCAAGCCCCCUGGGGCUCAGAUGCUGACACGGGGCCAUGUACUGGCAGGGGCUCAUCCCCAGUAGGCUGAGGGUCUCAGGCCGAUCAGCAGGGACCGGCUUUGCAGCCAGACACACGGAGCCCCACACACCAGGUCUGCACCCAGGGGGCCGGAGCACCUAUGUCAAAAUGGGCUUCUCUGGUGUGGAUUACUGGGAAGCCCAUGGGCCCUGGUUUUGUGGAAGGUUCCCAGAGCAUGCGCUGCCCGAUUAGCUUGGUUCUCUUCAGAGGAUGUGAAGUGGAUUUGGGGAGUGGCUCUGAAAGGGCAACUCGACCACGUCUCUUGUCGCCCUGAAGUCAGCACAAUCAUACUGUACUGCAGUGUUGUUUUUUCACGAUUGUUUGCCAAGUCACGAGUAGGUAGAUGUUUUGCUACAAAUGUGAAUGCGUUGUUGUUUCUGGUGUUUAAGCAAUGCAGAUGAAGGCAAUAAAUAGCAUCGGUGUUGCAACAGCACUCCUGGGUCCAUUCUGGGACUGCAGGCUGAGGGCUUUCAGCCUAGGACACCGGGGGUUUUAAUGAAGGAGGUCAGCCGCACAUGGCAGAUUGCUGCUUGAAACUUUCCUACUAAGCACCAACCCCACAGGAGAAAAGCGGUGUGUUUUCAUUUUUUUUUAAGUGCAAAGUCACUCUUCCGCAUGCGUUCUUUUGCCUUCCUGGUUUACUCGAAUUGACUACAGAUGCCCCGAUCCCCACACCGGAGGCCGAAAGUGGGGCAGCUCUGGCAUUUCUCCGGCGGUGAGGAGGGGCAAACAAUUCUUUCUGGCACAUGGAACCUUCCGACAAGCCCAGGCGGAAACACGGGCACUUGGCAAACAACGUAGGGGACCUUCAGACGGCCCCCGCGUUUGUGCCAGGUCGAGAUGACGCUCCCAAUUACCGCCGCUUGUGCAGAAGGCAGUCGGGACACCUCUUCCCAGGGCUGCCUCUCCCGAGCAAGGCACCAGCUUCCCAGCUACGGGGCGGGGAGAGGGGCUCUUGCUGAGUCCAGGUGAGACGCUGGCGGGCCGAAGGCAGGUUGAGGGAACUGGGGGCUGGGUGAAGGCGAGAGGGUGGGCAAUCCCCGCAGCCACAACCAGCUUCUCUUCCCUUUUCCUUCUGACCAAAUGAGACCAGAUCGGAGUCUGCAGCCUACAAGAGUCUCCGUGCUGAGGGAGUAGCUAUUUGUUCUGGCCGACUUGCUGAAGGAGCAUAGAUGUUCUUGGCGCAAGUCGGUGGAAGCUUUGCUUCAUUAAUCCCACUGCUCCCUCCCAGGCAUCCCUUGAGUUUUAAACAAUUUCUGCAAGAAGCUUUUUUUUCCCCCCAGUAAUAACGUAAGACGAGAAAAACAAACCAACACCACCAGAAACCCAAAGCAGAGAGAUACGUGGGACCGUCCCCUGUGAAGAUCGUUCUAGGCGGGGCUGUUCUUGUCCAUGCCUUCCCAUCCCCCAUUGGUUCCCAUCUUGUCAGCUUGUUUCUUCUUUACAGUCUCUGUGGCUAGGCUGAGUCCCUCCAGGUGGCCAAGUGGCCACGCCACACAGCCUUAAAGCAUGGGAUCAGGAACAGAUCUCUCAUGAAGACUAAAAACAAGCCUUAGGUGCGAAUGGCUCUGCGUCCUCGGGCAGCGGAUAAUAAGACCGCCCUGCAUUUCAGCAAAGCUUUGUAUGUUUCCAGUGUGCAUCUGUGUCCAGCUCGUGUGUUUAAUAAAUAGUUCUUCAGCUCAUUGGUGGGCAGGAUGCUCAUUUCAGAGGGAAGGAAGUAGGUGCAAAAAUCGAAGUCAGUUGCCUGCUCAAGGUUAUCCAGUAGUGAGUGGCCGAGGCGGAGGUUUCCCCCUCAACAGCAGGCUUUGUGUUUUCUUUGUGACAGUCUGACAUGCCUUCCAAAUAAAGACUUUUUAUCGUGAUUCAGAAUAUAGCAGCACCUUGAGAUAACAUUUUAAAAAUAUAGCAAAAUAUGCACAGCCAGAAGGAGAAUAAUGCUGAAUAGACACCAUUUAAUCAACUGGUCCAUUUAACAAUUCAACGCUACGGAACUGCUGUUACAUGCAAGGCCCCACUCUUGAAAGUCUUCCAGAAGUUUCCGAUAAUUGUCCCUUCUAAAGAGGGUUUCUAGCUGGCACGGCUGCUUCUCUACCCUCUCUUCCCCUCCCUCCACGGCUCCGGUGGGGAUGUUGAGGUCGAGACACAUUUGGUUCUUGUCACAAUGUCCACAAGAUACACAAGAAGAAUUCUAUGAGGGAAAAACUAAAAACUCAAAGGCACGAGUGAUGAUGAAUUGCUCCGGGUCAUAAUCAGCCUUCGGGGAGCAUGCUGGAAAUGCCGGUGUUGCAUUUUUCUUCCCCGUGGAGUGAGAGGCUGUGUAUUUUUAGGAAAGAAAUCAGCGUGGGAUGCUGGAGGUUUGGUUGCCAGGAACACUCACGAUGGAAAUUUCUCUGACCGGGGGUAGAAUGAAAGAGAGAUGAAGGUCUGCAGGAGGGGAGUCUAUUUGCAUAUGCCUUUAGCAGGCUUCCUGAUUCUUCUACAGAGGUAUCAGCCUCUCACUCGUAGUUUUGGAAGAGAGUUCUUUCAUUAGGCACUGGCCAAAGAUUCUGUUAAAGAGAGAGCCCUGGAGUGGAGUGCGGAAGUCUAAUUGUUGACGCAGUGAGUAAGGUGGUCCGGACUUGGGACAAUCUAAAGGGAAUGGGCAGAGAAGCAGGGCAGAUGUCUGUGGAGGAAACUCUUUGGGGAAAGUAGAAAUAAGAUGGAAGGAAAAAGGUCAUCACGAUUUUCUUUGCCUCAGCCAGGCAAGUAGAGGGUGGGACUACCAGGCAAAUUAACAGCCAAUUUUUAAUGAAGAGAGCCAGUUGUAAUGCUAAUCGAAAUAAGAAUUGAAUUGUAAAGCUACUGAGAUCUAACCCUAGCGAGGCACUCUUAUCCUUACAUUAUUCCAUUACUUGUUUCAGAAUCUACCUUUUUUUUCCGGUAGGAGACUAUGCAUUCCCAAUCAAUCCCUUUGACUAUCAGGAAUGUAUAAGAACUGUGAUAAAAUAAGCCAAUAUGCCAUUCGGUACCAUUUUUAUGUAUCUUAGAUGCAUAACUUAGGUAAAAUAAGAAUAGUUUAUAUGUAUAUGAAAGCAUAUUUUGCAGUAUGCAAGCUACAAUGGAUGCAUUUUAAGGCUAAAUAUAUAUUUAACUCUUUUUGGUAAAUACAGUUAACAAACAACAUGCCUCCUAAGUCGAUAUAUUCUGUAAGUCUAUGAAUAAAAAGUAGCUCAUGCCUAA